ACUGGCAGCUCCACAAGCGAUCAACCUCAAACCCUUCGGUUUACCUUCUUGAGUUUUCUGCCCGGGCUGCUUUAGUAAACAUUAAGGUAUCCCUAUGUGUUGCAUUGAUCGCACAUUGUCACCAAACCAACAGCAUCAUACCUAGCUGAACUCACAGAUCAACCUCUCCAGAUCGUCAACUGAAAUCCAGGGGAAUGUUGAAAUUCUGGCAAGAUGGCUAACUACGGCGGCGAGGCUGCCACUUCCUACGACAACGAACAACCCCUUCCCCCGCCCAAUGCGUACCAGAAACAUCCUCUACCACAAGGCGCCCACUACAACGGCUCGACACCCAGCAACCAAUAUGCGCCGCCCCCUUCGUACCCUCCUCCGCAGUCAGAGCCUAAGGGGCCCCCACCGUCGUACGAUGAAGUCUUUGCUAUCCAGAAGCCGAAAUGGAACGAUGUCUGGGCCGGCCUUCUCUUCCUGGCGACCUGUGCUGGAUUCGUUGUAGUCUCGGCGAUAUCCAUUCAGGGAUAUGCUGUUACCCGCCGCGAGAACUCAGGCGACCUCAACGGCCAACUCAAUACCUUCGGCUUGACCACCCACACAAUCUACCUCUUCCUAUGGGUGCUCAUCGCGGCCACCGUGCUUAGCUAUGCCUACAUGUUGCUUGCCCGCAAGUUCACCAAGCAGUUCGUCUGGCUGACCGGCAUCCUCAACAUUGUUCUCGGCUUGGUCACGGCCAUCUACAUGCUCAGCCGGCGCUACUACUCGGGCGGCAUCGUGUUCCUGCUCUUCUCCGUCUUCAUGGUCAUCUGCUUCCUCAGCUGGCGCCGCCGCAUCCCCUUCAGUGUGCUCAUGCUGCAAGCAGCCAUGGACGUUGCCAAGCGCUUUGGCCACGUCUACCUCGUCAGCGCCGUCGGCGGGUUGCUGGGGGCCGCCUUCGCCGCGUGGUAUUCAGUGACACUGGUCAGUGUGUACGUCAAGUUCGAGCCGAGUACAGAUAAUCCUGCCUGCCGCCAGGGUGCUGGGGGGUGUAGCUCGGCCAAGGUAAUUGGGUUGAUUGCUUUCAUCACCUUUGCCGCGUACUGGGUCUCGGAGUGGCUCAAGAACACGAUCCAUACGACCAUCUCGGGCGUGUACGGGUCGUGGUACUUCAACUCGAAAAAUUACCCGACCAAGGUUACGCGUGGCGCGCUGAAGAGAUCUUUGACGUACAGUUUUGGAAGUAUCAGUUUGGGGAGCUUGGCGGUGGCCAUCAUCAACUUCCUGAGGCAGCUGGCGUCGGUUGCGCAGCAGCAGGCGGCGGCUGAAGGUGAUAUCUUGAGCACGAUUCUAUUCUGCAUCGUUGGCUGUCUGAUCUCAAUCCUCGACUGGGCGGUGCAUUUCUUAAACCGCUACGCCUUUUCGCACAUUGCUCUGUAUGGCAAGGCGUACAUCCCGGCAGCCAAGGACACAUGGAGGAUGAUCAGAGACCGCGGGAUCGACGUCCUCAUCAACGAGUGCCUGAUCGGCCCCGUCCUCGGCAUGGGUGCCACCUUUGUCGGCUACGCCUGCGCUCUACUGGCCUACCUCUACAUGGUAUUUACGAAUCCAGCCUACAAUGCCACUGGGAGUUUUACACCCGUCGUCGUUGCCUUUAGCUUCCUUAUCGGCUUGCAGAUAUGCAACGUCUUUACCACGCCUAUCAGCAGCGGCAUUGACACCAUCUUUGUCGCGGCCGCCUGGGACCCCGAAGUCAUGAUCAGGGACCAUCCGGAUUUAUAUCAUCGCAUGGUGCAGGUGUAUCCGCACGUGCAGCAGGCUAUUCACGCUUGAGGGCGGUGACGGCGUUAAGGGUGAGGCGGAGAAGGGAGACGAGCACUGAAUCAGAGAGUGGAGUAAUCAUCAUCUCAGUGAAUUUACCCAUAGACUGCUGCGGGUUCAAGAGAAUUCGAGUAAUCCGUAAUGAAUAAGAAUGAAAAU